GAGGGCCGCUGCCUGAGAGGGACCAUGGCUCAGAAGUGUCAAACAUGGCCGCCGGCGACGGGACUCUUGCUCGUGCUCAUCUCCUUCUUCGUGGCUCCUCUUCGCCCUCUUCGCCCUCUUCGCGCCCCCUGCGUCGCCCUCGGCCUCCUGCUCCUCCUAGGCCACAAGGGCGUCGCCGGACUCUGGACAGAGGACUGCGACCGCCCCCUCGGGAUGGAGUCCAGUGACAUCCCCAACGAAGCCAUAACAGCAUCCUCAUCUCAUGACAUCAUCGUGGGACCUCAUAAUGCAAG